AUGUCGUCUGAGCCUGACUUAAAACUUUUUGUUUCAAAACUCCCUAAAGAGUGGGACGAAAUCAACAUAAAAGAAUACUUCGAAACUUUUGGAACCAUAAUUGAUGUGUCACCUUUCAAAGACCAAGGCAAAAGUAACUUUUAUUCAGAUCUCGGAUGCGCAUAUGUAAGGUUUGCCAAAAAAAGCCACGCUGAAAAAUGCAUUCGCGAACUUGAAAGAUCAGCUGUAAGGUAAUUUUUAGUCAGUUCUAAGCAGAAAAACUUGACAAUCCGAUGGGCAGAUGGAGAAGAAGAACGACUUGCAGACUACAAGCAAGCCCCUCCUCAAUAUGUAUCAACUUUUGUUGAGUACAUUUCUUCAGACGGGCGGCCUUACUACUGGAACUCUCAAACUGGAGAAACCCAGUGGGAAAAGCCUGAAAGUGCCCUUGUAAUCCCAGUCGACCAAAUCCAAGUAUCAUCCCCGAUCCAGGCCAAAUCCCAGCAAGCAUCCCAGGCCAAGACUGGGUGCAAUUUAUUUUUGUUUCACCUUCCUAAUGAAUGAACAGAAACCGAGCUUGUCGCUCACUUUGCUCCAUUCGGAAAAGUCACAAGUGCCCGAAUUAUGACAGAAAAAGACUCUGGAAGAAGCCGUGGCUUUGGGUUUCUGACUUAUGAUAAUCCUACAAGUGCGACUAAUGCUGUGAGAGCACUUAAUGGAUAUCAGGUACUUGGUAAACGCUUAAAAGUUCAAUUAAAGAAAGGAGACUCAGCCCCUGCAUAUUUAUAUCAGCCUACUCAUCUAGGUUAA